GAUGUCUUCUUUUGCAGUGACCCGUAUGUGAAACUUUCCUUGUAUGUAGCAGAUGAGAACAGAGAACUUGCUCUUGUGCAGACAAAGACUAUUAAGAAGACACUGAAUCCAAAAUGGAAUGAAGAAUUUUAUUUUAGAGUAAACCCAACCAAUCAUCGUCUCCUGUUUGAAGUGUUCGAUGAAAACAGAUUGACCAGAGACGACUUCCUGGGCCAGGUGGAUGUGCCGCUCAGUCACCUUCCGACUGAAGACCCGACCAUGGAAAGGCCGUACACGUUUAAGGAUUUCCUUCUCAGACCAAGAAGCCACAAAUCUCGUGUGAAGGGUUUCUUGAGACUGAAGAUGGCUUAUAUGCCUAAAAACGGUGGCCAGGAGGAAGACAACGAUCAGAGGGAUGAAUCUGAGCACGGCUGGGAUGUGGUUGAUUCCAAUGACCCUGCAUCGCAGCGUCAGGAGGAGCUGCCGCCUCCACCGCUGCCUCCUGGGUGGGAAGAGAAGGUGGACAACCUGGGGAGGACUUACUACGUCAACCACAACAACAGGACCACGCAGUGGCACCGGCCGAGCUUAAUUGAUGUGGGCUCUGAUUCAGACAACAAUAUCAGACAGAUAAACCAGGAAGCAGCCCACAGGCGGUUCCGCUCCCGCAGACACAUCAGUGAGGACCUGGAGCCGGAGCCCAUGGAGAGCGGAGACGUUCCUGAGCCCUGGGAAACGAUUUCGGAGGAGGCAAGUGCCAGUGGAGACUCCCUGAGCCUGUCCCUGCCGCCGCCCCCUGCAUCCCCCGUGUCCCGCACCAGUCCCCAGGAGCUGUCUGAGGAGCUGAGCCGACGCCUGCAGGUCACUCCUGAUUCCAGCGCGGAGCAGCUCAGCUCUCUGAUUCAAAGAGAUCCUUCUUCAAGAUUAAGAUCUUGCAGCGUAACAGACACGGUUGCUGAGCAGUCUCAGUUAUCCCUGCAGAGUGGUCCAUCUAGGAGAGCUCGUUCUUCAACUGUCACAGGUGGUGAGGAGCCUACGCCCUCCGUGGCCUACGUACACACCACACCGGGCUUGCCUUCGGGCUGGGAGGAAAGGAAGGAUGCGAAGGGCCGCACGUAUUACGUCAACCACAACAACCGAACCACAACGUGGACACGGCCCAUCAUGCAGCUUGCAGAGGACGGCAUGGUGGGGUCUGCAGCCAACAGCAGCAACCACCUGAGCGAGCCCCAGAUCCGGCGGCCCCGCAGCCUCAGCUCCCCCACGGUGACGCUGUCGGCCCCGCUCGAGGGCAUGAAGGACUCCCCGGUGCGCAGGGCGGUGAAGGACACCCUGUCCAACCCGCAGUCCCCGCAGCCCUCGCCCUACAACUCCCCCAAACCCCAGCACAAGGUGGCACAGAGCUUCCUCCCUCCUGGCUGGGAGAUGCGGAUAGCGCCCAAUGGCAGGCCCUUCUUCAUUGAUCACAACACCAAAACCACCACAUGGGAGGAUCCACGACUGAAAUUCCCAGUGCAUCUGAGAUCAAAAGCAUCUUUGAACCCCAAUGAUUUGGGCCCUCUUCCUCCCGGUUGGGAGGAAAGAAUACAUUUGGAUGGAAGAACGUUUUAUAUAGACCAUAAUAAUAAAAUUACCCAGUGGGAAGAUCCCAGACUGCAGAACCCAGCGAUUACUGGUCCAGCAGUUCCGUAUUCCAGGGAGUUCAAGCAGAAGUACGACUAUUUCCGGAAGAAGUUAAAGAAACCAGCUGAUAUACCGAACAGGUUUGAGAUGAAGCUGCACAGAAAUAAUAUUUUUGAGGAGUCCUACAGGAGAAUCAUGUCUGUGAAGAGACCCGAUGUACUGAAAGCCAGGCUCUGGAUUGAAUUUGAGUCAGAAAAAGGACUGGACUACGGAGGUGUGGCCAGAGAAUGGUUUUUUCUCUUGUCCAAGGAGAUGUUUAACCCUUACUAUGGUCUCUUUGAAUAUUCAGCAACGGACAACUAUACACUUCAGAUUAAUCCUAAUUCAGGUCUCUGUAACGAAGAUCACCUGUCGUAUUUCACGUUUAUCGGCCGGGUUGCUGGUCUGGCGGUGUACCACGGGAAGCUGCUGGAUGGCUUCUUCAUCCGACCGUUCUACAAGAUGAUGCUGGGGAAGCCGAUAACCCUGAAGGACAUGGAGUCAGUGGACAGUGAGUACUACAACUCCUUGAAGUGGAUCCUGGAAAAUGACCCUACGGAGCUUGAUCUCAUGUUUUGCAUAGACGAGGAAAACUUUGGACAG